AUGGGAUGCACUGAUACCGUUUGUCAGCAGCUCCAUCCGAUGUGCGUUGGGCCGCAUCGUGCCCGUAUUGGUAGAGAACCGUUUCUGGCCCAUUGCAGAGCCCAUAGGGGCCACCUACCUCGACGCGGACUACGACCUGAUCGUGUUCACAGACGCAUCGGCGUCGGGCUGGGGUGCUAUCGCCCGCUGGAGAGACGGCACGACGCGCGGCUUUCAGCAGCGUUGGAGUCACGACCUCAGUGCGCGCGGCGCAGUGGAUGCGAGGGGCGCGCGCAUCCCUUUUCAAUGCACGGCAUUCAGCAACCGCGGAGCAACAUGCUGCUUUGUUGUUCUUGCGGUACAUUCUCGCGGCGUACCCGCAAGCUUUAA